AUGUCAGACAGUAACAACAACAACGUGUCCCACGAGGACAUGACCAGCCUCUCCUACUUCGACCACUCAUCGGGCAAGCGCGUCAAUACGGACAUCGUACUCGUUGAAGCUAUCCGCUCACAAUACCCCAACCUCGAUCUUGUGGUCGCGCCUCAGGGAAGGCUCAACCUCCUCGCCUACGCUGGUGCCGGCCACGCAACGGCCACGCCUCUCGAAGAUGUCGUCAAAGACCCGGUAUACGGCCCCGGCCUCAAGUGGCGUUCGUACGCUCCACCAGCUCACAGACUUGAUUCUAGCCCCGGAAACAUGGUCGAACGUGUCAUCUUUGGCAAAUACAUGUACAAAUGGAAGGACCAGGAGGCUAUCUUAUACGUUGCCGAAGGCCGCGACGGAGGGUCGUCGUACCCAAACCCAACCUUCCACUACAUCCUCUCCAACGCAGAGCACAAAGUCAAUGAGUUGAUCAAGGACGCAACGAAGUGGGGCAGCGAGCUACACAACGAGGUCUGGGUCUUUGAUGGCGGUUACUGGCAAAAGAGUGCAGAACUAUACAACUCCGUACAAAAGAGCUCGUGGGAAAGUGUCAUCCUCGACGAGGACAUGAAGAAGGCACUCAUCUCCGACGUGGAGAAUUUCUUCGAUGGCCAGCAGACAUACCAGGACCUAAAGGUGCCGUGGAAGCGCGGCGUCAUCUAUUAUGGACCUCCAGGAAACGGCAAGACCAUCAGCAUCAAGGCCAUGAUGCACAGCCUUUACCAGCGCGGCGUACAAGGAGACUCGAGACUCGCCGUUCCGACCCUCUAUGUUCGCACGCUUUCAUCUUUCGGGGGCCCUGAAUACUCUCUUUCGCAAAUUUUUGGCAAAGCCCGUCAAGAAGCCCCAUGCUAUCUUGUCUUCGAAGAUCUAGACUCAAUCGUCGAUGACAGCGUCCGAUCAUACUUCCUGAAUGAAGUGGACGGUCUCAAGUCCAAUGACGGCAUCUUGAUGGUUGGUUCAACGAACCACUUGGACAGACUGGACCCGGGAAUCGCCAAAAGGCCUAGCCGCUUCGAUCGCAAAUACUACUUCCCCAACCCCGAUUACGACCAGCGUGUACAAUACGCCAAGUUCUGGCAGGGAAAGCUCAAGGACAACAAGGACCUUGACUUCCCCGAUGAGCUUUGCGAGAAGAUCGCCGAGAUUACGCCCAAGUUCUCCUUCGCUUACAUGCAGGAGGCUUUCGUCGCGUCUCUACUUGCUAUCGCCGCUCGGGGUGGUAAGAGCGUCGAGGAGGCGGAUCGCGAAGCAGAGAGGUGGUCAGGUCCCCAAGAUCCGAUGAAAUCAGCCCUCGGUACACUGCAUGCCAAUUUCGCACGAAAAUUGCCCUUCGGUGACCUGUCCGAUCCUACUCCAACAUCGGACGCGGAACUCGAUAAGCUGGAACUGUGGAUCGAGAUGAAGAAGCAGGUCAAGAUCCUGCGCGAGGAAAUGGACGAGGAGAAUAGUAAGACUGCCUGGGGAAUGCCCAGUCGGCCAAAGGUUGCGAACCCUGUGCUCAACCCAACCCAGUUUAGAGACGAACUAGAUGCAAUCCUGCAUGGAGGUCAAGAGAGGCGCCCAAGGCAUCCUAUCUCGGAGUUCGAGCAGCUGUAUGGCUAG